GUCACCUACCCCUGACCUUUGACAGACUUUCCAAACAUAGCGUGCUAACUUUCAAUUGCUCAUUUGGGAACUAUUACUUUGGUAAGAAGCUGGGGAAUGACCACGGACCCUUGGUGAGACAGGAGAAAUGGGGAGCCCCCUGUGCGUCUCUAUUUUCUUCAUUCUGUGCACCUUGAUCCCACCGAGCACCCACGGACAGAGUCUGCGCCCAGAGCCAUUUCGAAGAAGUUCUCGAGAUGUUGAAACAAAGAAACCACUGCAGGAGACGAAGACCAGAUUUCUGCUCUUUGAGGAAGCAGCUGACAAAGGCUGUCAGAUCCGGCUCCAUCGCCCGGACUCCUUGCAGGACUGUGGUUUCAAUGCUUCCUUGCCGCUGGUGAUGAUAAUCCACGGGUGGUCGGUGGACGGCAUGCUGGAAGCCUGGGUCUGGCAGAUGGUGGCUGCACUGAAGUCCACACAGUCCCUGAACGUGGGGCUGGCUGACUGGAUGAGCCUGGCCCAACACCACUACGCCGCUGCCGUCCGCAACACCCGCCUGGUGGGCCAGGAGGUCGCUGCUCUUCUCCGGUGGCUGGAGGAAUCGGUGCAAUUUUCUCGAAGCAAUGUUCACCUAAUUGGGUACAGCCUGGGCGCACACGUGUCAGGAUUUGCCGGCAGUUCCAUCGGCGGAACGCGCAAGAUUGGGAGAAUCACAGGCCUGGAUGCCGCCGGCCCCUUGUUCGAGGGAACGUCCCCCAGCGACCGACUUUCCCCAGAUGAUGCCAGUUUUGUGGACGCCAUCCAUACCUUUACUCAGGAGCACAUGGGCCUGAGUGUGGGCAUCAAGCAGCCCGUGGCGCACUACGACUUCUACCCCAAUGGCGGCUCCUUCCAGCCGGGCUGCCACUUCCUGGAGCUCUACAAACGCCUUGCCACCCACGGCUUGAACGCCAUCUCGCAGACCAUAAAGUGUUCCCACGAGCGGUCCGUGCAGCUCUUCAUCGACUCCUUGCUCCACAGCAGCAUGCAGAGCACGGCCUACCGGUGCAGCAGCAUGGACGCCUUCAGCCAGGGCCUGUGCCUGAGCUGCAAGAAGGGUGGCUGCAACCUGCUGGGCUACCACGUCCGCCAGGAACAGCAGAGCAGGGCCAGGAGGUUCUACCUCGUGACUCGAGCCCAAGCCCCAUUCAAAGUUUAUCAUUACCAAUUCAAGAUUCAAUUCGUCAACCAAAUUGAGAAACCAGUAGAACCCACAUUGACUUUGUCACUCUUCGGAACGAAACAGGACACGCAGCAAAUUCCCAUCACUCUGGGCGAAGGAAUUACUAGUAAUAAGACCUACUCCUUUCUAAUCACCUUGGACUUUGAUAUUGGCGAGCUGACCAUGAUCAAGCUCAAGUGGGAAAGCAGUGACGUAUGGGUCAACGUCUGGAAUACCGUGCAAACCAUCAUGCCAUGGGGCACAGGAACCAGCUACUCCGGGCUCCUUCUGAAGACCAUCAAAGUCAAAGCCGGAGAAACCCAGCAAAGAAUGACAUUUUGCUCAGAAAACAAGGAAGAUCUCCAACUCCGCCCAGCCCAGGAGGAAAUUUUCGUGAGAUGUGAAUUAAGCUCUAAAAAAUGGAAGCGAAUGACCAGAUGAAUAAAUAAAUCAUACUCCUAAUCAAGGGAGGUUGGGCCUGGGCAAAAGGAGGGGGGAGGGGGACAAAACCCCUGAUCAAAGUUGUAUAAAGAAUUUUGCAUUAAGUUGAAAUAAAGUUUAAAAGUUAAA